CCAUCCCCCGGUGUAUAGAUGGAACUGCCACGAUCAUCGCGAGGCCGCAGGUUUUGGAAUCUUCAAGAACGUCUUUCCCCUUCAACUUUGCGCUGCCUGCCCUUGACUUUCCUCCCCCCCCCCCACCUCCAUAACUUCUGUUGUGGACUUUAACUAUCAUCCCCCUCAGGGGCAAGCAAAUAACAAACACACCGAUGGCGAAACACUUGUUCUUCCUCUGGGCCCUUCGCGCCCUUCUCUUCGCGGCCAGCGCUUGGGUUAGUUUGGCGUGUUCAAUGACUUACCCAAGUGCGCCGGAUGGGAUUACGGAUAACCUUUACUUCCCAAUUUCCUGGACAGGCUGUGUCACCCCCGUUACGGUUCAAGUUUUAUUGCUACCAGGUAGCAAGAUAUUGGCGGUGUAUCAAGGCUCGGUAGCCGAUCUGAGCUUGUGCGUGAUGGGUCCUGGACGCGGGGUGUACAUAUUUCUAACUGACGCUGCCGGGUCGAGUGUGACAAGCCCUACAUAUAUAGUCCUGCCGAACCCAACUGAUACUCUCGCGAUUGCUUCCGUGCGUAUUAAGACCCGGGGCCGUUCGCCUCCGUCAUCUACAUCUACAUCUACAUCCUCAUCCUCAUCCUCAUCUACAUCUACAUCUACAUCUACAUCUUCAUCCUCAUCCUCAUCCUCAUCUCCACCUCCUUCACACAGCAGCCCUCUUUCCACAGGAGCUAUAGUCGGUAUUGUUAUUGGAGCGGUCUCUGCACUAGCCGCGGUGGUAGCUAUCCUCGUUCGGACUGUUAAGGGUGGCGGGGACAUCACUUUUAAUCUCAUUCAUUGUGGUAACUGAAGUAAACUGUGUUGCUCGCAAUGAACCCUGCACUGUGUCAUUCAGACUUAGGGCAGCGAUGUGUUUUGCUUGUGCCCCUUUAUUAAUUUUUCUUUUCUCUUGUCUUGUUUUCACCGGAAGUGGGUGGUAUUUGAUCCAUUGAUACUUGUCGACCGAUUUUCCGAUUUCCUUUGACCGAGGGGCAACUCAUUCUCGAUCGUCAACAGCAGAGCGUGGGAAUGCCACUUAUUGAAGGGAUGGGG